GCCCAUAAUCAUCACUCACCCACUCACUCACUCCAAUUCAAUUCCUCUUCCAAUAAGCUUUUCAUGUGUUAUCGUUAAUGGAGAUAUAAUAGGGUUUUAGCGUUUUCCAACGUUAAACACAAACAACUGAAAAUGUCUUCGUUAACGUUGAAGCCAACGUUUCUGUUACAAUCUUAUGUUUCUUCGUCUGUCGGAAAUCGACGGCUUUGUUCAGGAUUUAUUAUCUUUCAGAAGAAAACAUUUAGCAAACAGAAAUUCAAUUUGAGAGCUCAAUCUUUCGAUUCAUCGCAAAAUAACAGCGAAAAUGGUAGUAAAAGCUCCGAGAAAAAUGAUUCUAAACUUCCCAAUGGCUCUGUGCAGAAGAGCAGAAGGGAAAUUCUACUGGAGUAUGUGCAAAAUGUACAACCAGAAUUCAUGGAGUUGUUUGUGAAAAGGGCACCACAGCAGGUAGUUGAGGCAAUGCGCCAAACAGUGACAAAUAUGAUUGGAACAUUACCUCCACAAUUUUUCGCCAUUACUGUAACCACGGUCGCUGAAAAUCUUGCUCAGCUUAUGUAUAGUGUGUUGAUGACUGGAUAUAUGUUUAGGAAUGCUCAAUUUCGGUUAGAAUUGCAACAAAGCCUGGAACAGGUUGCCCUUCCUGAAGCACAGGAGGAAAAAGAUUCACCAGAUUAUGCAUCAGGUACCCAGAAAAAGGUGACUGGAGAAGUCAUAAGGUGGAAUAAUGUUACAGGUCCUGAAAAAAUAGAUGCUUUGAAGUAUAUCGAGUUGCUUGAAGCAGAAGUGGAGGAAUUGAAUCGUCAAAUGGAAAGGAAAUCUGCUGGUGGUUAUAAUGAGCUGUUGGAGUAUCUAAAGACUCUUGAGCCCCAAAAUAUCAAGGAGCUAACCAGUACAGCCGGAGAAGAUGUUGUGCUUGCCAUGAAUGCUUUCAUUAAGCGUCUCUUAGCUGUUUCAGAUCCUAGUCAAAUGAAGACUAGUGUAACAGAGACAAGUGCCCCAGAACUUGCCAAACUGCUUUAUUGGCUCAUGGUGGUUGGUUAUAGCAUACGGAAUAUUGAAGUCCGCUUUGAUAUGGAACGGGUACUAGGUACUCCUCCAAAGCUCGCUGAGCUGCCUCCCGGUGAAAAUGUUUAGGCACCUCUGGAAAGUGUCAUAUAUAUAGCAAGCAUUGAAAAGCUGAAGCAACAUGCAUUUUGCAUGAGCUUUUGUUGGUGGAGAGGGGUCAAUAACAAAAUGUUAUCGAGCUUGUACAAUUAUCUGGGAGGACAACAGUGGAAAUUGGUUUUAGUACAUUUUCUUCGUUCACCUCCCAGCUCCCAUUCCCCCUAUUAUUCUCAGAUUGAGAGCAUCAUUAAAAUGCUGAUACGAAGAAACUGUACUAAAAAUUGAUAUACAAUAGAACUUAUGUGAGUUGUCCUGAUUCCUCGCCCUGUAACAUGUACCUUUCUCUGGUUACUGGAAUGAAAUUUUUGUCUAAACAUUAUUCGACAA